AUGUUUUUGCAUAGAUUGAAGAAAAGAUUGAUAGAAGUCGGCGAAUAGAAAUUUUUAGAGAAAUUAGAAGCUGAAUAUAAGGAGAAAUAACUUAGUAAAAGAAAGUUGAAGGAUAAAAAAAUAAAAAGUCUUGAUCAGAAAUUUACAAGAGUGGCUUUCAAAUUAGCAUAUGUAGGAAUAAACUAUCAUGGCUUGGAAUAAUAAAUUAAUUAACAAAAUACCAUAGAAAAUCAUCUAUUUAAAGCAUUAUAAAGAGUUAGGAUGAUUGACAAUCGAGAUGAUUGCAAUUACACUAGAGCUGGUAGGACAGAUAAGGGUGUCAGUGCUAUAGGAAAUGUGGUUGCCUUAAAUGUAAGGAAAAUAGGAAAAUCUGAUAAACUUUAUGCAUAAAUUCUGAACAGAGUUUUGCCAGAAGAUAUUUAAAUAUUGGAUGAAUGUAUUGUAGAUGAAAAAUUCAAUGCACGUUAUGAUUGCAUUAAAAGAGUUUACAAGUACUACUUCUAUAAAAUGGAUUACAACAUUGAAUUGAUGACAGAGGCCAUGUUACUAUUUAUAGGGGAACAUGACUUUAGAAACUUUUGUAAAUUAGAUGUUAUUGCAAACUAAAAUUUUGUAAGAACAAUCAUGAAUAUUACAAUCGAAGAGGUAUUCCCAGAGAAUGCUCCUAGAUGUAGUACAUUAUUUAAAGACGAUGACAGAUUGCGUUUGUAUUGUGUAACCAUAGAAGGCAAUGCUUUCCUAUGGCAUUAAAUAAGAUACAUGAUGGCUGUCCUUUUUUUAAUUGGAAAAGGCAUCGAAAAGUCAUCUGUAAUAACUGAUUUAUUUACUAAAUUUGAUGGCAAACCAAAUUAUCAAAUGGCUCCUGAUUAUCCAUUAGUGUUACAUAAUUGCGAAUUCAAAUAACAAUUAUGGAACCCAAAUCCAGAAAGUCAUACAGAAUUUACUCAAGGGGUUUAUGAAAAUUUAAGAGAAACCCUUUCAAAAAGAUAUAUUGAAUAUUUGCAUUUUUACUCAAUGGGUGCUUCUUUGCUCAAAGUCCCAGUUGCAGUCCCAGAAGCAAAAGUUAAAGCGGAAGAUAAGAAAUCUCUUGUAAUUUAAAAAUCAGGAGUCACAGUCGAAGGAGCAAUAUAAAAUUUAAAAGGGAAAAGAAAAGAGAAAUAUGAUAUCAAAAUCCAAAAGGUUAAGGAAUAUUAAGAGAGAUGUUUAUAAAACAAUAAAAACGAAGAAGAAGUUGAAAAUUAAUGA